AUGGGUGCUCAAGCACCCAUAAGUAACAAUGUACAUCCGUCACUGCACUUAGAUGAUGAUGAUGAAGAAGCCGAUGCUGCUGUGCACUUAGAUAAUGAUGAUGAAGAAGCCGAUGAAGAAUAUCACGGAGAAGCUACGAUGAUGAGGAGCAGAGAUAAAGAUACUUUGUUUGCAUUCUACAAAGAACAUGCACGACUGAGAGGAUUCUCCGUCAUCAAAAGAAAUUCCAACAAGAAGGGUGGUGACACUGCCAGGUAUAUAACCUACUGUUGUGAUAGGACUAGGAUUCGCAAAAUCAAGUUUACUACCAAGAGUAACAAUUGUAAAGCUAGGCUAGCUGCUGUUUUGGAUGAUUCUGGUUGUUGGGGCAUCUCUAAGGUCAUUCACGAUCACAAUCAUGAAUUUCUCCCAUCCGUAUCGCGCCUGAUGACCGGACAUAGGUCUGUUUAUGAUUCUUUGAAGUUGGAUCUUGUAGCUCACGAUCGAUCUGGCAUUAGACCCUCCAAGAAUAUUAGACUUGCUGAGGUUCAACGUGGUGGACCGAAAAAUUUGGGUUGCACUCCAAAGGAUUGUAGAAAUUAUAUUUUGAAGAGUAGGAAUUUUGAAAUGCAAGAAGGGGACGCACAAUAG